UAGUAAUAUGGCUGACGAUGUGCUGAAAGUUCUAAAAAAUCAACAAACUAUGGCAAAUUAUCCAUCUGGCGAUGAUAUAAAAUGGAAAGCAAUUUCCUUAACCCAUGUAGAAUAUCCAAAAGGUGAUCUAUUUGGUAUGGGUUUAGCCUGGCUCAGCCUCCUUCCUAUUUUCAUCAUGAUUGGUUUCAUCACACUCAUUCUGUUCAGGAGAGAUUUGCACACUAUUUGUUAUUUUUGUGGUUUACUGCUGAAUGAACUGGUGAACUUGGUAUUAAAGCAUAUGAUACAAGACUACAGACCUAAAAGGGAUCGAGAAACCGUGUUUACCGAGUAUGGAAUGCCUUCAAGUCAUGCACAAUUCAUGUGGUUCUAUGCCACCUAUCUAUCAUUCUUUCUCAUUUUGAGGGUCCAUAGAAAUUACAACAUCAUUGAAGACCUUUGGAAGUUUGCUUUAGCAUUACUGACUUAUGUUCUAGCAUUUUUAGUUGGAUAUAGUAGGGUAUACCUAGGCUAUCAUUCUCCUAGUCAGGUCGUGUUAGGAGCUCUGACUGGACUUGCACUUGGAACACUUUGGUUUUUAAUUGUGCAUUUAGUUUUUACUCCAUUUUUCCCAAUGAUCGCAGCCUGGCCAGUAUCAGAAUUCAUGAUGAUUAGGGACUCAACAUUAAUACCAAAUGUUAUGUGGUUCGAAUAUACGUCAUCUAGACAAGAAUCUAGGAGUAGACAGCGUAAACUAGUAUCAAGAAAGUCCCAAUGACUAUAUGAGAGGAGGGAUUCUUUUCAAGGCAACAAGUUUUAGGCAACUUACACAGAGCUUCAGCCAUGAUGGCCAAGGACAAGAAGUGACCUUCAACUUCAACUAUGUUAAAGGUCAAGGUCACAAUUGAGGUUGGCAGUCAAGAAGAAGGCUUGUCAAGAUCAGGGUCACAGUCGUCUCCCCAGGCUCCGCCUCAAGGUUACAUUCUGUAAUUGUUCAGUGUAGCUGGUUGGCUUACUUUUGGGCACACUAUUUUAAAUGUGAAAUUAUUUCGAUUAUGAUAAUUGCAGAGGGUAUCUUUCAAUGAUUUAUAAUUAUAUGUGUGCUGUUAUGAUCAUGAUUUCAGUGUUGUGUUGUCACGGUUUUCGAGGAUCAUCUUUGGAAGUGGUCAGUUUUCAGAUAACCGUUUAUUCUUUUGUUAACUUUCAGUGAGGUUGGAAGGUGGUUUCUGUUUUGUGCCGUACUCUACUUUGGUGUUGGGCUCUUGCAAGGAUUGACUUUUUUUUUUUUCCUUUUCACUAAAAGCAAAUAGUACCCGUUUCUCCUCAAAAUAUUGGGGUGCCGCUAAAGCAUUCUUAAUUUUUUUUCUUCGAAUAUUGUAAUGUAUACUUCAGAUGUACAUAAAGGGAUGUUUUCAAUUCGAAACUUCAAAGCAAAUCAUUACUGAUAACAACUAAUUGCUCAAAGUCAUUUCCUAUAUUCCUUGACUUGUUUUCCUGUUGGCCCCAUACUUGAUGUAUACUGCAUCAACUGGUCUUCCAAAGCCAUUUUGACUAUCACUGUAGGAAGACAAGUGAAUCAUCAUCAGAGGUGCUUUUGUCCUUGCAGAGGCCACUUUUGUUUUAAUUUGAGUACCCUAAAAAGUUUUAUGUGUGGAUAUUAUUUUUUUAGAGUAUUUUAUUCAUCAAUUUAAAUGUGUGGGACCUCCCAAGUUCCUGUUACAAGGGAUGGUAAUAUUUGAAUGUUUUUGUGACAAUCCUAGUUUAGUCAUGUGAAGGUGUUAAUCUGUACAGCUGCAAAUGUUAUGUUUUCGAAUCUAGGACCAAAAACGAAUUCAUACCACAGUUUUAACAGGCUUUAACAGUAUAUUUUAAAAGAAAACGAAUGGCAAAGUACAUACAUGUAUGUGGUGAAAUUGCAUUUAGUGGCUUUACGAUCAGGACCCAUCCCUGAAACAAAAGAAAAGAAGCUUACUCCUUUAAGACUCGUACCUGCAAGUGUCACAUUUUGCAUAAUAUCUGUUUCCUAAAUGUAGAUAUCAUUUUAACUGAACACCAGUGUAAGAUUGUAUAACGUGGAAGUUCAUGGUUCACGAAUCAGCAUUAGGGGGUAUUUUGUCUUUAACAGCCAGCGCUUAAUCUGUCAAGAUAGUACUGUUUCGACAGGAUGAUUAAACUUGUCAUGGAUCAUAGAAAGAACAAUGCACUAUACACUUGUAUUUAAUGCAUUUCUGUUCAAGCCCAUAACCUGUAUAUUCAUUCUGGAUAAUCAGUGUAGUCAAGAGAUGUACGCUCUGAUAGUAUUGUCACCUGUAGUGUUAAUUCUUUGCUGAAGAAUAUGUGGCACUACAGUCCAAGAAAUCUGAUGGCAUCCUUUGCUGCAUUUGUGUGAUAUGACGUGAUUCAUUGUAAAGUUAUACGUAAUUUCAGUUCACUUUUGGUUCAAAAUUUCGGUGUUAGUAAGUGUAUGUGUCACCUCUGUACAUGGACAUGUCCUUCAUCAGUCUUGUUGUGCACUUGAACAUGUAGACUAUUUGUGUGUUAUCCAAUUAUCAGUCGCUGAUGGAAGCUAGUUUUAACUUGACUAUUUGUAUCUGGCCAUAUCAUUUUAAUCUUGCUCUGAGACUCUCAUCGAAGUAGCAACUGUUGGAGGUAUAUGACACUUCAAAACACAAAGGAAUUCUCAUCAGGUCCUCUGUAAAGCGUUUCUGUAAAUCAUGACAUCAGUGUGAGAGAUACAUAAGAAAGCUUUUAUCUGUGAAGUCGAGAAGUGUCAGUGCUCACCAAAGUGAUUGAAUAUGAUACAGGUGCACGCUGGGAAAUGUUAGUGUUAGUACUGUAUACCUCCAACAUUCGGUACCAGUAUCAGUGUUUCAUAGCUCGAUUAAAUAGGAUAUUUCAAUUCAAAUAGCUCAUUCAAAAUUAGAUUUUGUCCGCGCCUUUUUAUCAGUCUUGUUGUGCGCUCAUAGACUAUUUGUAUGUUAUCCAUUUAUCCAGCUGUAGCAUAUCUGUCAACAGGGUGCUCUGCCAAAUUGCUGUGGUAUUGAAUUCUUACAUAUAUGUAAUUACAUCGUAUCAGUCAUGUUUGUGUCCUUACUAAUACUGGGGUCGUCCUUAAAAGCAUGUUGUCUACAGCAACUCUACCCUAUGUUUCGUGUCAUGCUACUGCAGGUAAUGGUUGUAAGGUUGACAACUUCUUGUUGUAUUUGGAAAAGGGAAAAGAUUUUUUUAAAUCUUUUCCCUUUUCCAAUUAAAAUUAAAAUUAGAAAGAAACUGCCAGACUAGUGACAUUAGUUUUCUCACUUUGUUUUUGAUCAGGGUUGGUCAACUUUAUGGUACGUUUCUUUGGCAGACCAACAUAUUUUCAAAUAUGCCCCAGUUUUGUUGUGAAAUCGUCUCCAGUUGGCUGUUGCAUAUUGCAACAAGUGGCACUUCCAAACUCAGCACAUAAAUCACCAGUAUAAAAAGAUUGCCAGUGAAGGGAUCACUUUCAAAUAAUGCUAAUUUUCACCCAUAUAAGAAAGGAUUGUUGUCUUGUGACGCACUGUGCCUUUCUUGGGACCGAGAAGACAUUAUUCACCUCCAGUCUUCACAGCAUGCACUGGGUUCUACUCAAUAACAGUCGGUACGUGUAUUUAAAAAGGGUCUGUUCAUUCAGUCUAGACACACACGUUGUGGAGUUUACUUCAAGGACAUCGAAGUAUACAAGUUGAUUUUAAAUGUAUCAAGAUAAAUAAAGACUUUAUUUCAUUCUUCAUAUUAUGUACCUAGUGCACUUACAGAGACAUGCACAUACAGUGGAACCUCUUUUAGUGGAGACCUCUCUAAGCAGGACACCCCUUUUCAAGGAUACUAACUUUGGUCAAAGGUUGGUCAUUUUCAUUCCAAGUUGACCUCUGUAAUCUGGACGACUCUAUAGUAGAGGAUUUGUCAUCGAUAAGGAUGUCGUUAUUAGGUUUCAACUGGACAUGAAUCUUCUGAAAUGAUGGCCUCCCUUCUUGUGUGUUUGCACUUACAUGAAUGGCCUCGUCAGCCUUAGAUGUCAGUAUUUAUAUGCCUGUGUAUAAAGACGAACACUCACUUGUUAUCAUGUUAAAAUUUAGAGGAAACACGUGACUUAUUUUGUAAAUACUGUUAGCGUGCAUCUCAAUGAUUUUUAAGAUAAUAAAGAAACUUAAUUUUGAGUAUAAA